GGUUUGAACCCUAGACCUCUCACUCUCAACCCAUAUGUCCACAUAUCUUAACACUUAAGCUAUUAUUUGGGGACAAAAACAUUAUUUGAAAAAAAAAAGUCAAUUUAGAACAUUAUUAUAGAACAAGAAACCAACAUAUAUAUACACUUAAAUCAUGUCAAGUACAAAAACUCAUCUACCUUUCAAUUCAUUUUAAAUCUUGAUCAAGCAUACAUAAAGCUAGGAUGAAGGUCUAGCUAGCUCAACUAAAAUCACGGGAGAGCAACUUGGCAUAAAAUUGGAGAAAGCAAUAAGUAUAAUGUUAACAAGUGAGUGUUUGCAUGAUGAAGAAAGCUGUAGCUCUAGCUAUAGCAGCAGUGAGAUAGGGGACGAAGAUUCAGAGUCAGAAUCAGAUUCCGAGCUGUUUGAGAUCAAUAUUAAUAUGAAGGAGGGUUUAAGUUUAGAUACAAUACCAGAAGACUGCGAGAGCGCCAGUGUGUUCUCUCUUGAUAUUGAUAAUCACCAAGCUGAGAAAGAUGAUGUUGUUUAUGUGGCUGUGAGUUUUGAUGGAAAUUCAAGUAUGGAAGCGCUUUCAUGGGCCUUGAAGCAUGCCGUGACACCCUCCUCUACCACUGUGUGUCUCCUACACGUUUUCCCUCAAGUCAAGCUCAUUCCAACUCCACUGGGGAAAAUUCCUAGGAGUCAUGUAAAUUUAGAGCAUGUUAACAUCUGCUUGACCCUAGAGAAAGCCAAGAGGAAAUUGCUCCUUCAAAAGUUCAUUGACCUAUGCGUUGAUUCAAAGGUUAAGGUGGAGGUGAUGCUGAUUGAGGGUGACAAUGUUGCUAAAGCCAUCGUGGACCUGGUCCGGAAUCUCAAUAUAAGGAAAUUAGUGAUUGGAACUAUCAAGUCUAACUUAAGAAAAUCUGCUGGGUCUAGAAGGCAAAAUGCAAUAGCGGACAUGGUGCUGAAAACUAUACAAGAAAGCUGUGAUAUUAAAAUCAUAUGCGAAGGGAGAGAAGUGAUCGACCAGAUGAUUUAUUGCAGUAGUACUUCACCACACUCAAAAGACAAUGGCAAUUUCAUAAUUCCUCAUGGAGAAGAAGAUGAAUCCCGUGGUGUUGUCCCAUUUAAGCGUUUUAUGCCCAAUCCAUUAUCGUUAUUUUGGUUCAGACAUCUAUCACUGUAAAUAUUAAAUAUGCACAACAAAAAAGAAAAUUAGAUAUGUAAGGCCCUAAACUUUUCUAUCCUUUGAUAUUGUUGUAGUAUAUAAAUCUUAAAAAUAUACAAUAUAUAAUAACCUCACCCUUAAAUGAUUUAUAGAA